AUCUUCAUAUCAAGGUUGCAUGCACGUUCUGUUCCCUCUCGGCCUGUUGUAGCUGUUGUACAUCUCCUUGCCGCUUGUUGACUACAACAUCUCGCAACGACGACGAUCAUCUCGUAUCUUGACGAUAACUCCCUUCGAAAGCUCUCGACCCUGAACCCACUCGACAUUCGACAUCCCUCAUCCCUAACAUGCCCCGAGAUAUCCCAGUACCUACGAUCAACAGAUCUUUCGUCCAAGCCGCGCUGGAGAAGGGUCACCGUCUGGACGGCCGCAAACCUCUCGAACGCCGUCGACUGCUCAUCCAGUUCCCCGAUCCGGAGGAGACGUCGGUAUCAGGCCUGGGACGGGUCGAGGUUUCGCUGGGCAAGACGAGGGUGUUGGCGAGGGUAUCGGCAGAGUUGACGAACCCACGUACGGAUCGACCUUUCGAGGGGUUGUUGAGCAUCACCAGCGAGAUCGGGCCUUUGGCUGGCGAAGCUUUUCAUGGGGAAGGAAGGACGACCGAAGAAGAAGUGAUCCUCACCCGACUGCUGGAAAAGGCCAUCAGGCGUAGCGAAGCGGUGGAUCGGGAGGCGUUGUGUGUGGUCGCUGGGGAGAAGGUCUGGCACAUCAAGCUGCACAUCCACUUUCUCUCCUCGGACGGUAAUCUGAUCGACGCGGGCUGUCUGGCGGGGAUGACGGCCUUGAGGCAUUUCCGGCGGCCCGAGGUGGAAAGGUUGGAUCGGGAUGAUGGGAUGGCAGCGAUCUGGAAGGUGUAUCCGACGGAUGAGAGGGCACCGGUUCCAUUAUCGAUCCACCACACCCCGCUCUGCGUGACGUUUGCUUAUUUGGAAGGCAACCUCCUCCUGCUCGAUCCCACAUCACAAGAGUCUCAAAUCGCUUCAGGAACCCUCACCCUAACGCUGAACGCCCAGCGAGAACUCUGCGUGCUCUCCAAAGCCGGUGGGAACCCGUUAGGAGUGGAAGAGUUGAUGAAGGUGGUCACGUUGGGUGUGGACGUGGUCAGGGAGAUGACGAGCGAGAUGGAGAGCGCUCUAAAGGCGGAUGAGGCGGUCAGGAUCGUCGAUGUGCGGUAAAUGCGAACGAGAUAUGUCUGGGGAUGAAGACAUGUACACCGGACCGGGGGAACGAGCAGCCGGGAUGAGCGAGAUUGCCAGCAGUAGCUGAGCUAUGUCAUUAUGGAAAAUCUACGUGCCGGUUCGAUAUAUGCAUAUAUGCCGGGUCUGGGGCUCGUAACCCCAUUGAGGCAGUAGAACUCGCUCCUACGCAACGUAAACUGAGGAUAGAUGAUGGAUCUCGAUGAUGUGGAUGGUGACUGGCAGAUCGCAAAACAACCAAC